AGGGCGGGGGGGGGGGGCCCGAGGAAGUCCGGGGGCCGUCGGUGAUGCCCCCGCCCCCGCCCCCGCCCCCGCCGCGUCAGGGUUGCUCCCUGCGCUUCCGAGUGGCGACUGCAGCGGGUCCGGUGCAGGUGAGGGGCGCGCGCCUGCCCAGCUUUGCAGCCCCCGAACGCGGCCUCGCAUAGGUGAGGGCGGUGCCGGGUUCACCUGGCAGCGCGCGUGGGCCGGGCAGCAGGGUCGCCGCCUGGGGGUGGGCGUCUUCUCUCAACCGAAGCUGGGAGUUGGGGAGCUGGAGGGUCCAGAAUGAGAAUUCAGUGGCGCUACUACCCCGGAGCUGCUUGUGGUUCAGAGAUCAGAAAGGCGUCCUGAGGACUGGAGGCAGAAAUCCAGGCGUGGCGUACUGGAAGGCGCACUAGGGGAGGGCAGCCUGGCCCAGAAUUUCUUUGCAUUUUAAAGGCCACACAUUCAGUCUCCCCGGGGCGCUACGGAGUUAGUCACCGCCACAUCCAGGACUCCUUCCACAGAGGAGUCAUUGCAGUUGUUUUCAGUAGAGGUGUACUUCUGAGAAGUGGCUUCUUGGGUCUUCAUGCAGCCAUGGAUCUGGAUAAACCAUCUGUUUGGGGCUCAUUAAAACAGCGGACCAGGCCAUUGUUGAUCAACUUGAGCAAGAGGAAGGUGAAAAAGAACCCAAGUAAGCCCCCAGAUCUAAGGGCAAGGCAUCACUUGGACCGCCGUCUCAGCCUCUCUGUGCCUGAUCUCCUGGAGGCUGAGGCCUUGGCCCCAGAGGGCCGGCCUUACUCCGGGCCACAGUCUUCCUACACCUCGGUGCCCAGCAGUCUGUCCACUGCAGGGAUCUUUCCCAAGAGCAGCAGUAGCUCCUUGAAACAGUCUGAAGAAGAAUUGGAUUGGAGCCAGGAGGAAGCCAGUCACCUCCAUGUGGUGGAAACAGACUCAGAGGAGGCCUAUGCCUCUCCUGCUGAGUGGAGACGGGUGUCCAGCAACGGCAUCUUUGAUCUUCAGAAAACUUCCCUUGGAGGGGAUGCACCAGAAGAGCCAGAGAAGCUAUGUGGAAGCAGUGACCUGAAUGCUUCUAUGACAUCUCAGCAUUUUGAAGAACAAUCUGUACCGGGGGAAGCCAGUGAUGGCUUGAGUAACCUCCCCAGCCCUUUUGCAUACCUCCUCACCAUACACCUGAAGGAAGGCCGGAACCUGGUUGUCCGAGAUCGCUGUGGCACAAGUGAUCCUUAUGUGAAAUUUAAGCUGAAUGGGAAGACGCUGUACAAAAGUAAAGUCAUAUAUAAGAACUUGAACCCAGUAUGGGAUGAGAUAGUUGUAUUGCCAAUCCAAAGCCUUGAUCAAAAGCUACGUGUGAAGGUAUAUGAUCGAGAUUUAACCACAUCUGAUUUCAUGGGUUCUGCAUUUGUCAUUCUCAGUGAUCUUGAGCUUAACAGAACAACUGAACAUAUUUUAAAACUGGAAGAUCCAAACAGUUUAGAAGAUGACAUGGGAGUGAUAGUCUUAAAUUUGAACCUAGUGGUAAAACAGGGUGAUUUCAAGAGACACCGUUGGUCAAAUCGGAAGCGAUUAAGUGCCAGCAAGUCCUCUUUGAUACGCAACCUACGGCUCUCUGAGUCCUUGAAAAAGAACCAACUCUGGAACGGGAUUAUAAGUAUAACUUUGUUGGAAGGGAAGAAUGUCUCAGGAGGAAGCAUGACAGAGAUGUUUGUCCAGUUAAAACUGGGAGAUCAGAGGUAUAAAAGUAAGACACUGUGUAAGAGUGCAAAUCCGCAGUGGCAGGAACAGUUUGACUUUCACUACUUCUCUGACAGGAUGGGCAUUUUGGACAUUGAAGUGUGGGGAAAGGACAACAAAAAGCAUGAGGAACGUCUGGGCACGUGUAAAGUGGAUAUCUCGGCACUCCCUCUGAAGCAAGCCAACUGCCUGGAGCUGCCACUGGACAGCUGUCUGGGGGCUCUCCUUAUGUUGGUCACACUUACACCCUGUGCGGGGGUCUCCGUCUCUGAUCUGUGUGUCUGCCCCUUAGCAGACCCCAGCGAAAGAAAGCAGAUUACCCAGCGAUAUUGCUUACAGAACUCCCUGAAAGAUGUGAAAGACGUCGGCAUUCUACAAGUGAAGGUUUUAAAGGCAGCAGAUCUCUUAGCGGCAGAUUUCUCAGGGAAGAGUGACCCAUUUUGCUUGCUGGAGUUAGGCAAUGACCGACUUCAGACACAUACCGUCUACAAAAACCUCAACCCUGAAUGGAACAAAGUUUUUACAUUUCCCAUUAAAGAUAUCCAUGAUGUUUUGGAAGUGACAGUGUUUGAUGAAGAUGGCGAUAAACCCCCAGAUUUUCUUGGAAAAGUUGCCAUUCCCUUGCUGUCCAUUAGAGAUGGACAACCAAAUUGUUAUGUACUAAAGAAUAAAGAUUUAGAACAAGCUUUUAAAGGAGUUAUUUACUUAGAGAUGGACCUUAUAUAUAAUCCGGUGAAAGCAAGUAUUAGGACUUUUACUCCCCGGGAAAAGCGCUUUGUUGAAGACAGCCGCAAGCUGUCCAAAAAGAUCUUAUCAAGAGAUGUGGACCGUGUGAAAAGAAUCACUAUGGCAAUAUGGAAUACAAUGCAGUUCCUUAAAAGCUGCUUCCAGUGGGAAUCCACAUUAAGAAGUACAAUAGCAUUCGCGGUAUUUUUGAUCACUGUCUGGAAUUUGGAACUAUAUAUGAUCCCCUUGGCAUUGUUGCUGAUCUUUGUCUACAAUUUCAUCAGACCUGUGAAAGGCAAGGUCAGCAGCAUCCAGGACAGCCAGGAGAGCACAGACGUAGAUGACGAGGAGGAUGAAGAUGACAAGGAAUCUGAGAAAAAGGGGUUGAUUGAAAGAAUCUAUAUGGUACAGGAUAUUGUUUCAACUGUUCAGAACGUCUUGGAGGAAAUAGCUUCUUUUGGAGAAAGGAUUAAAAACACAUUUAACUGGACGGUCCCCUUCCUUUCAUCUCUGGCCUGUUUGAUUCUGGCAGCAGCCACCAUCAUUUUGUAUUUCAUUCCACUGCGGUACAUCAUUUUAAUCUGGGGCAUAAAUAAAUUUACUAAGAAGCUUCGAAAUCCCUAUUCCAUCGACAAUAAUGAGCUACUAGACUUCCUCUCUAGGGUACCGUCUGAUGUUCAAAAGGUGCAGUAUGCAGAAUUGAAACUCUGCAGCAGCCACAGUCCCCUGCGGAAGAAGCGCAGUGCUCUCUAGGGCACACACCGACUUUGGACAGCAGCACCCAAUAUUGUGUUUGGUUGAGUAGACCAAUGUUAUGGCUGUUUCAGUGGUACCCAAGGUGUCCUUCUGAAAUGCAUGCCCUGUGGCACCCUCUGUAUACUUCCUCCUCCUUCAUGUGCACAGACAUACACACAUGUGCACACACCCUCAUGCAUGGGUGUCCUAGUUGCAUAGAGGGUCAGCCCAGCAAAAAGCAACAAUCCCAAGACUGUGAAAGACUAACAUCCAUUCUGAAAUAGGAGAUAACGAGGCUGCCAUGGAUCUGAACACCACCUUCCUUGAGAACAGCCAGGAGCCCACUUGGAUUCAAAGAACAGCCAGGAGCCCACUUGGAUUCAAGAGUGACUUUGAACUUGUUUUCACACCUCCACCAGACUCUCACUAAGAUUCAGUUAUUUCCGCUCCCCAGCCCCACAUUCCUUUCAGAUUAUUGUUCAUGGGCGUAAGUCUCUUCUCAGAGUUAACAAGUCUUUGGUAGUCAUCAUCUGUCCAAAUAUUGUAUAUUAUUAAAAGGCAUUUUUAAUAAUUACCAGAAUUAGCUCAAACCUUUAGGGAUCUUUCAGCCAUGAUUAUUAAGGAUAUGUAUGUGAAUUUUUGGGAAACCUCUCGGUGCUGGAUGCCAGCCUACAGCAGGGUCCAUUGCUGGCAAUGGAUGGCCCAGGAAGGUCCCUAGAGAUCACUCACUAGAAAAAUGAGGGUCCCAUGAAAGUAUUUGGUUGCCUUCUGAUGCCACUUCUUCUCACUUUACUUUUUGCUUAUUUUCAAAAUAUUAUAAAAUGUCAACAUAUAAUUUCAGAAAGGCAGGUGGGGGUAGGGGAGAAAUGAAUGAAUGAAUGAAUUCUCUAGGUAUUUAGAAAGAUAAGAAACUGAAGACCGAGAGACUAAUAAGGCUGCUUAUCUAAUUAUUAUGAUCAUUUCAUUUGCCUGAAUGUUUUAAGCAGGAAGUAGAAAUACUUUGGCUGCCCAAAUGUAUCUUUUGUUCCUCUUAGAAGUAAAAUAAGCUACAUACAAUAAAAAUUUAUUUCAGAACCCCAUUUCUAGAAAAUACCACCCCAGAGUCCUCAUUUGAUAGCAUCUGUCUCCUGCAGACCUCAUCAUUCCACAGUAUUUCCCUGCCAUGUAAAAAUCCUGACUUUGUGCAUAUAUAAAAUGUAUGCAAUUAAGUCUGUUUAAAUGAUAUUUAAAUUUUAAAGACUGUAUUUUGUUGACACAUACUUUGUGCAGUUUUUAUGUAUGUAUGUAUUAUAAAAAAAGUUAAGGUUAAAAAGAUCUCAUUUAAUAGUGAGUUUACUAUUUUUUUUUUUUUGUCUCUGGGUUGUAAUUUAAUAAUCUUCAAACAAAAUGUUUACGAAAAAUGCCAAAGAUUCUAAAUCUUAUCAUCCCGUGUCUGUUUUUCUUCAUGUUGUAUCUCACUGGGUUGCUUUCUGGCUGAGCCAGAAUUCUGCAUGAUUUGAUUUACUUCAAGUUAAUGAAGCUGGCUGGAAAAGAGCCUUGCAGAAAUUAUAAAAGCUCCAGUAAAUCUCGUAGUUGUACAUACAAUAGAUACCCAAGAACCUCUUUUGUUAAACCAGUUACUCAAUCUUCUGUGUAAACAAUGCCUCAUUGUCUUGCUUCUAACUAUCAUCUAGUUUAUCACAGUCUGUCAUUUUGUAACGACCUAAGUCAGACAUUUUUAAACAGACAUGUGAGAUCUGAUCAGUCAUUUGAAUGAAAACUUUCAGCAGCAAAAUAACCCCUUAUUUAUUUAAAAGUGGAACCAAUACUUUAUUGUUGUUCUUUUGCUAUAGAAUUUCAAAAUGAAAUUAUUUGCCUGACAAGAAGGCAUCAUUAGUUAGACUUGUUUCCUCUGUAGCCCGAUUGAAAUUCUCAGUGUUAAGUUUAGGACCCAAACACCAGCUGGGACGUAAGAGCAGGACCGAAUCAACCUUGAAUAAACUGUAUAUAGAAAACAAUUGUUAGUUGAUUAAGUAGACAUUGGAUGUUAGAAAGGAAUGUUAGUUGUGACAUGUUAAGAUUUAUACAAUUGUCAAAAACUUUUAGGAAAUAUUCCAGAAUGCUUUUGAUAAAAUUUAUGGAUUAUGGAUUCACAGUGUGAUAAUUAAGUAGGGAUGUUGAAGUCUUGCCAAGUUUUCCUGGUUCUCUUCUCAAACUUUAUCCUCCCAUUUCUAGCCCUGUCUCUCUAUCUUACAGGCAUCUACACCUCAGCAAGUCAGAAACUAAACAUCAUCUGUCUCUCCCUGUCUUCAGAACCCCAGCCCUCAUAAUCUCCUUCCAGCUUCCUUAUUUCCCUUACCAGGACUGACAUUUUCUGGGCUUGGAAUUUCUCGGUCAUCCUCUUUUUUUUGUUCCUCGUGCUGUUGUCCUCGUCUCCCAACCCCUAAAGCCUAAUAGGUCCAGUGUCAAUGCAUUAACCACUUCUAUUCUGAUUUCCACCACCCAAGUGGAGGCCUUCAUAACCUCUCAGACGUCACGGCCAUGAUGCCAGUUACGUUAUGCCUAGUUAAUCUUCAUUCACACUGGAAGGACCUGCCCCCAGUUUCUUUCUGAAUAGAUUCUACUCUCCUUCAACACUUCCAAAGUCUCCUGCCCCAAAGAGGCUUAGUUAGUCCUGUGGCUGGAUGUGACUCCAACUUCCUUUUUUGUACCCUCACAUCUUUCAUAUCUUUCUGGCAUCUGCCAUACAUCAUAAGAGGCUUUGACCACUGUCCUCCACUGAAUAGCCCAUUACAGCUAGCACCUAAUAGUUACUCAGGAAAUAAAUACAUGUUUAACAGGCCAGGUCAUAGAGAUUAUUUUUCUUUCUCUGCCUUUUCAUGUGCUGCUUUCAGAACAGAGGGCUGGAUUGGAUAGAUUAGUAUGAUCUAUCCUGGAGAUUAAUUUCUUGCAUUAAGAGCUUACUUUGUGUGAUAUUAUUUAUAAUCCCUGACUAUGUCAAUUAUAAACUUUUAAAUUAUGUCUUAUAUUUGAAGUUCUUACCUACAUACCAGAGGAAAAUAUAAUGUUUAUUUCUAGGUGGUAAAA